UAGCUUUAUACGAUGACAUCUGCGAAUGAAAACUGUGAGCAAGUGGCCGAAGCCAGAGAACGAUACCUGCGGUUCAUGGGGAACGCAGCUGGGUGUAAUGUGACCGUGUCGAUGCAAGAAAAAACUAGCGUAACAGGUGUGUUGGUAGCCAUGAAGGGAGACGGAAGCCAUUUCAUCGUUGACCAACUCAAAACACCCAUUGGAGUUAUGGAUAGCGCAGUGCUCAGAACUGCUGACACAAUCAUGAUGACAAUGGACUGGGAUGAAGUAAAUCGGCAUAAGUGAUGAUUUAUAUCGGUGCACCUGUAUCUUUACUUUUUUGUAUAUAUCAUGAAUCUGAUUAACGUCUCCGUUGUGCGCCGACUGGUUUUAAAUAUAUUGAAGGUACUAGUAGAUAAAUCAAAG